AGGCAGGGCCAACAUUUGUGUAGGGCUUACAGUAAUCACCUCCUGCUGCCCAUGAUUUGCCAUGGAAAGAAAGAUAAAGCCAACAGAGGUGCCAGCAGGAAGGAUCCAUCGAGCGUGCACCAAGCAGCAGGUGACCUUGGCCAUGUUGAUCUGGGCCCUGCUCCCCGUGGUGCUAGCCGUGGGGGCUGCCAUUGGCUUCUGGGUCGUGUAUGCCAUGGCCGUGGCCAAUGGGUCCGUGAACAUCACCGUCGUGUUCCCCUACAUAAGCACCUGUGGCUCCUUCCCACCCCAGAGCUGCAUCUUCGGUCAAGUGCUCAACUUGGGGGCUUUUGUAGUGGUCUGGAUCUCGGUCCUGAAGUACCAGCACGUGCGGGAGUAUGGCUGUCACAGUGCCCUGAACACCACUGGACUCGUGCUGGGGCUGCUGUGUGCACUGGGUGCCUCCAUCGUGGGCAACUUCCAGCAAAGUAACCAGCUGGAGACCCACCUAGUGGGUGCCUUCCUGGCUUUUGCGGUGGGUGUCGGGUACUUCUGGGUCCAGGCUAUCCUGACUUAUCGGGUGACCCCACGGCACGGUGGGAACUGGAUCGGACCAAUCAGGAUCUUUCUCUGUGCAGGCAGCACCACUUUCCUCGUGGCCAUGGUGACCCUGCACAUGCUGGGCUUGCGGUCGGUGGCCGCGGGCUGUGAGUGGGCCUUGGCCAUGACCCUCUUCCUGCUCUUCGGGCUUUUUGCUGUGGAGUUCCGGCAUGUCACUGGCUGCUCCCUGCGGCUGCAACGCCCCAUGCCCACCCACACCCAUGAGCUGGUGACGGCCUCCAACCCCACCCUGGCACUCUAGGCUCCUCCCCAGCUAGAGCCCCCUGCUGGGCAGAGGGCAUGCCCCCCUUACACUCCUUCUCCAAUGGAUGGGGUGGGGGGUAUGGCUUGGGGCCAUUUUCAUGUCAUCCAGGCUGUACUGGGCCCAGCUUGACCCAUGGCCAGGGUAGAGAUGACAGCCCUCAUUUCCCUCUCGAGCAGGGGAAUCACCUCCCCCUCUCACCUUAGUCUGAGUCCCACUGCUUGGAGGGGAAAGACAGGGGCCUCCUGUGACCCUGCUGGGCUGGAUCACCUCCCAACAUAGGACUGGAUCACCCUCCCACACAGGUUGGAUCAUGCCCCCCACACAGACUGGAUUACUCCCACACAUGGACUGGAUCUCCCACCCCACAAUAAGCAUGGACUGAAUCACUGCCACACAGGUUGGAUCAUGCCCCUGCCAUGGACUGGGUCCCUCUCCACAAGCUGGAUCACCCCGACAUGAGUUCUAUCACCUCCCCACCCACAACAGGCUGGAUCAAUGCUUCUCAUGUGGACUGGAUUACCUGCCUCCCUCCCACAGACUGAACUACCCCCGAAACACAGACUGGACCCUCCAACACAUGGACAGAUUUCCAACUCCCCCAGCACUGCUGUGAGUUCUCCCCCCAGGAUG